AUUACAAAAGGUUUCAUGUGUCUGAUUUUCUAAACUUUGAACGACCAUCAUCGUCUCCGCGAGUUCCUCUCUGCAUCAAGGCCAUUAAAAACAAAAAGUCGUUCCUUCCUUUUAUCAUUCCUUCUUCUCUCACUUGUCUUUCCAAUUAAAAGAAGUAAAAAAUUUCCUCUUCAAGAGGAGCAGCAGGUUCAUACAUUCGCACCGAUCUAAGCACUGCGCACUCUUUGUCGGUAAAUAGAGAGAAAGGAAAAAGAUGGGGGUUCCGUUAGUAUGCCACGGACAUUCUCGUCCCGUCGUCGACGUUUCUUACAGUCCGGUGACUCCAGAUGGGUUCUUCCUCAUCAGCGCCAGCAAAGAUUCGAACCCAAUGUUGAGGAAUGGGGAGACAGGUGAUUGGAUAGGGACUUUUGAAGGACAUAAAGGAGCAGUUUGGAGUUGCAGCCUUGAUAAACAUGCUAUGCGUGCUGCCUCUGCUUCUGCUGAUUUCACUGCGAAAAUAUGGAAUGCAUUGACUGGAGAUGAGUUGCACUCCUUUGAACACAAGCACAUUGUUCGUGCGUGUGCCUUCUCAGAGGACACUCACCUUUUGCUCACCGGUGGAAUGGAGAAGAUUCUUCGGAUAUUCGAUAUGAAUAGACCAGACGCACCUCCAAAAGAAGUUGGAAACUCUCCUGGUUCAAUCAGAACCGUAGAAUGGCUUCACAGUGAUAAUACUAUCCUGAGCUCUUGCACAGAUACCGGUGACAUUAGGUUAUGGGACAUAAGAAGUGACAAGAUUGUUCAGACAUUAGAAACGAAGUUCCCAGUCACUAGUGCUGAAGUAAGCCAAGAUGGGCGAUACAUAACUACUGCUGAUGGAUCUAGUGUUAAGUUUUGGGACGCCAAUAAUUUUGGAUUGCUGAAGAGCUAUGAGAUGCCUUGCAACGUUGAAUCUGCCUCCUUGGAACCGAAACACGGAAACACUUUCAUUGCUGGAGGAGAAGACAUGUGGGUCCAUAGGUUUGAUUUCCAAACUGGAGAAGAGAUUGGGUGUAACAAGGGCCACCACGGACCAGUGCACUGCGUGAGGUAUUCGCCAGGAGGGGAGUCAUACACGUCAGGCUCAGAAGAUGGGACGGUCAGAAUAUGGGAGGUUGUGGGUUCAGUGAACCAUGAGGAGAAGGAGAGUGAUCAGAGCGGUAACGUGAAGCUUGUGGCAGAGGAGGUUGUGCGUAAAGCUGAAAGUCUACGUAUCAGUGAGAAAGCUGCAGAAGCUAAAUGAAACAUCGUUACGUAUUUAGCUUUAUGAUAACAAUAGAAGACAACGAUCCCUUCAGUUUUUUCUUUUUUGGCUUACAAGUUUGGCCUGUUAUCUUCUUUCCAAUAAAUAAAUAUGAACACUUAUUCUCCAUCAUUCUUUCAUCA